GGAUUUUUAUGUGUUUUAUCUGUUCCGUUCAUCUCAAAGUCCCUAUGUUUGCUAAGUGUGGUUUGUGCGCGACUAUAACGACCACGUCGGUUCGCUCCAGUGUUUUCCGUUAAUCACAGCAGACGCCGGGAAAUGGAAUCGUCGUCGUCGCCAACGCUGAUCGAGGGAAAAAGGCGCGCGUUGAAAGAGGCCAUUUCGCGUGAUCCUGCCGCAGCUGAUCUUCGAUUUUCGCUGUUCGUAUCGGCGGCCCGCUCCUUUCGCUACGAUUCCUGCCUGCAACCCUUUCCACCGGAUUUCAUCGUAAAAGGAGAGAAGAACAUUGAUCAGUUGUGCCGAGUGAUCGAGACGAUUCCACCUAUAUCGGAACUUGCCAACGACCUCACCGGUGGGCUGGGUGCGGAUGACGAACGAGCUGUUAGUUUGCUGCACUGGAUCUUUUGUGGGCAGCCGCUGUAUCCGGCGCUGCGAACGGUGCCACGGUCCAGCCACGACGAAGUGCUCGCCAAGUGUCCUUGCCAUGCCAAAUAUCAGCAACCGAGUCAUAUCUUCGAGGUGGUGCACCGGGACGAUCAAUCGGCAGAACGAUUGUUUCGCGAGAAUGCAAGCCACUUUCGGACGCGCCACGCUUACCACGGUAGCCGGUUAUUUAACUUCCACUCGAUACUGCAGUACGGGCUGCAGCAGCACCUGAACAAGGUGUCCAUGUUCGGCCAGGGUAUCUAUCUGUCGGCCGAGCUACAUGUCAGCCAGAUGUUUGCCUCGACCGGAUCGGCCUGGAAUCGGUCGACGCUCGGAACGCACCUGUCCUGUAUCGCGCUCUGUGAGUACGUGGACAAUCCCAACUACGUCGUCAGUCAGGAGGGAACACCGUCACCGGAGGGCAGCAAUGAUAGCAGCUUCCCGGAACGGUACGUACUGGUGAAGAACAAUGAAAUGGUACAGGUCCGAUAUCUACUCCUGUACGGUACGACCAAAGAGGCCAAAGCAUCGUUGCCACAGCAGCCUGUCACCACCGCCUUAGCCACCAGCAACACAACGGACCCAGCCGUGCAUCCGGCGGCAGCGGCGUACCUGAGGGCCCGACCACCGAGUCGUUUCGUACAGUGGUUUGCCGACAACAAGGGCUUCGCACUGAUCGGUGGGUACGUCGGAUUGCUGCUAAUUGUCGGUUUCGUCAAUAGCCGUAAUGCGCACUACGUGAAGGAGUUGUUUCUACAGCAGCUUAACCAUGUCUGCAACGCGGUGCUCGGUUUGCGUCCCAAUGAAGGUGACCAGUGAUCGCUAGGGGAGUGGGGAACUAGAGUAGGGUUUCGGGGGAACAGAGGGAUCGACAAAGACUCGCCAUUUGCCUUACCGAACGCAUUAAGGCCAGCCAGCUGUCUCUUUGUAUCGUCUAUCUGUUUGUAGCUAUGUUUUUUGUGAUUAGAAUUGAUUAGAGCGAGCGAGAGAAAGAGGGAUCCGUGUAUACGUGAGGUCGGAGGGGAACGGGUUUAACCAGGGAUCACACCGAACAGUGAUAAAUCUUUAACGCAUUUCAAAAAAUAAACUGAUCCGACUGGGUUGGAUUGCGUCUUCUUCAA